AUAAGCGUCUAGAUGAAAUUAUCGAAAAUUGUAAACCGUUCAAUGUUUAUAGGAACCAAACAUGGCGGACAAGAAAGCGGAUUCAGGGAGUGAAUCAGACAGUACGGAUGAACCAGUGGUUGGGAAUGUGAGCAAGUUUGCCGUUGUCCCGCCAGGAUUUACAGGAAGACCAAAGAAAGGACAUCUCAUCUUCGACGCUUGCUUUGAAUGUGGAAACCUCGGCAGGGUUGACUAUAUAACAGAGUUCGAAUAUGAUUUGUUUAUCCGACCAGACACCUGCAAUCCCAGGUUUAGGGUGUGGUUCAAUUUUACAGUGGAGAAUGUGAAAGCUGACCAGAGAGUUAUAUUCAAUCUUGUGAACUUUAGCAAGACAAAAUCCUUGUACAGAGAAGGCAUGUCACCAUUUGUAAAGUCAACUAGUCGUCCAAAAUGGGUUCGUGUCCCAGCAAAGCAUGUCUAUUACUACCGUUGUCCAGAUCACAGAAAAAAUUAUGUGAUGUCAUUUGCAUUUAUCUUUGAUAAAGAAGAUGAUGUAUAUCAGUUUUCGUAUUGCUACCCAUACUCGUACACUCGACUACAAAACUACUUGGAUAAUCUGGAGAAAAGAAACAUGGAUUAUUUCAGCAGGGAGUUACUCUGUUUAACAGUGCAACAAAGACGUCUAGAUCUCAUCACUAUAACCCAUCCUGACAAUCUAUACCCAGAGGAAACUAAGAGGAUAGUGUUUGUCUCAUCAAGAGUGCACCCCGGAGAAACUCCAGCCUCAUUUGUAUGUCAAGGUUUUAUAGAUUUCCUCAUCAGUAACCAUCCUGUAGCAAAGACAUUAAGAGAACACAUUGUUUUUAAAGUAGUUCCUAUGUUGAAUCCUGAUGGAGUUUACCUCGGAAAUUACAGAUGUUCCCUGAUGGGUUUUGACCUGAACCGGCACUGGCAGGAACCCUCACCCUGGGCUCACCCAACACUGUAUGCUACAAAAAAUCUCCUUAUGGAAUAUGACAGGGAUGAAAAAUUGUUAGUGGAUUUUUUCAUAGAUCUGCAUGCACACUCCACACUGAUGAAUGGUUUUAUGUAUGGAAAUACGUAUGAUGACAUAGACCGUUACGAAAGACAGUCUGUAUUUCCAAAACUGCUGUGUGCAAAUGCGGAAGAUUUCUCCUUGGCAAAUACAAAUUUCAAUCGAGAUGCAGUUAAGGCCGGGACAGGAAGAAGGACACUGGGAGGUUGUUUAGACGAGAGCUCACAUUGUUACACGCUGGAAGUGUCAUUCUACAGUUACCAGACCAGUUCUACCGGACAGGCUAUGCCGUAUACAGAGGAAGGAUACAUGAAACUGGGCAGGAAUCUUGCGAGAACCUUUAUAGACUAUUACAAACUGGCUCAAGUUAUCAGCCAGAAACCCAGCAGCAGUAUAGUACCAAAACCUCUAGCUUACAGAAUGAGAGACCGUAACGUCCAGGACAGAUCAAAUGUAGAACCCCAGUAUGAUGAUAAGGAUAAUGAAAAGGAACAGGAGAAAGAAUUAAUAAGAAGUUUAGAUCGUGAGAUUGUAAUCUCUGAAAGGGACCGUAGUCGAGAAGUAUACUUGUAUCAACGUACCUUAGAACGGGCAAAAAGUUUAAGGAUACGAGUGAGCAAUACACUGAUGAGGAAUGAUAACAAUCUUCGUUCAACUAGGGGCAAUGUUUCUGGAAAUGAAAGGCAUGAAAGCAAGAAAGAGAGUGUCAUAGACAGACAACCAUCGAGCAGUCAGGAGGACCGGUAUAGUGGAGCUAGGCGCACAUACAAUCGCUCUUCUGACCUUACUAUAAAUAGCACAAACACUUUUAAUGACGUUUCCACAAAUAUACGAUUACAACUACGUGAACGGGAUCGUCGACAAUAUUGACCUUCCAUUCUCAAAACCAGUGACCUUGACCUCAUUACGUCUCAUAUUGGGACCAGAUUCUACUCCUAAGAUGCAGUUUAUGUGCAGUUAAACUUGUAUUAAGCAGCCAGUCAAGGAAAUGUCCGCUUUAACCCUUACCAUGCCAAAUUUCUGUAAUGAACUGUUCCAUCUUCCAAUUUGGACAGAACCAUUAACUGUUAAAAGGGGUGCUUACCAAAAAUAUAGUGACUGAAUAGCGGACAGUGCAGAUCAUGAUCAGACUGCACAGAAGUGCAGGCUGAUCAUUAUCUACACAUAACUGGUUCCAAAGGCAGAAUAAAUCGUGUCCAGCAUGGUAAGGGUUAAGCCUGUGACUUAUGAAGGCAAGUUCAGACUUGAAGAAAAAAAGUUCAUUUGGGAACUUAACUGACUGGCUGCUUAUGGCAAGUAUCUGUUUAAUACAGGUGGCCUUAAAGUCAGGUUGGACUGUAUAAAAAUUUGUAUAAUUGACACACAAUAAAUAAACAAACAGAAGAUGAAUUCCGCAGUGAUUAUCAAUCAUAAUCAGUGGCAACGCCAUUUCUUGUUUUUGACAGUCUCAGAAAUAAUUUGAUAUUCUGUCAUGUGGUAUGGUAGUGAGAUGUGUUUUUCCUAAACACAAUAUGAUACAAUAAUUAGGUUUACAACAGUGAUAAUGAAUGCCUAACAGUUUAUACAGAAUUGCAAGGAAAAGUCUAUUGAUACUGAAAUUGCGUGAGAUAGCUGUCACUUGUCUGAAUACAUAGUAUUUUUAUGUUCCUUCCUAGAUUUGCACAGUCAUUAAUCAUUUUGAUAGUUUGAUGAAUCAGAGGAUUAAAUUGAAAUGCUCCAGAGGCUUCUGUGGAUUUUGACAAAAUACAAAUUUAAUCAGAGAAUGCCUGCUUUUCUCUUCAUUGGCUUAGUUCUGAUUGUGACUUCUGUAAAAUUUCUGUAUGAAAAGCUGUGACAGUUACUGUGAGGUCAUUUCAUUUUGUGGGGCCUCUCUGUAUGUUGAUAGCCUCUUUUUUGUUCUACACCCUCAAAAUUUACUGUCGUGUUGACUAUUCCUAAAACAUUUAUAAUGAAAUGUUGUGUUUUCAUCUAAAUUUGAAUAAACCUUAUAGCACUUUUCUGCUGUAACUUCCAAUGUACAUCCAAACAUUUGUCCAUGUACUGAGUUUGACAUAAUAUCUUUAAAAAACUGCAAUUUAUUCUGUUUUAUUGCUUCAUGUGUAAUUAUUAUAUUGAAUGAAGAAAUUUCGCUGUUCACAGAAUUUUAAUCAUCGUAUUAUUUCAUUCUGACUGAUAAAAUUUUAAAAAUCUUGAAUUUUGAUAGCCUUUUUUAAAAUCUGUUUUUCCACAUAUAAAAUUUUUGUUACAUUUUGAUAUUUGAAUGUAUAUGUAAUUCAUCUGUUUCUGUGAUUUUUAGCUCGACUAUAUGAAGUAUGGAGAGCUAUCCUACUCGACCCAGCGUUGGCAUCCUUCCGGGCCCGCACAAUUAUACCCCCUUUUUGCUAAGAAUUAUACUUAAUAUUUAAUGUUUGAUACACUUAAUCCUUAUCAAUCUUAUUACUUAAUACUUUUGACACAGACUCAAGCUAUAAUCCUAUAUUUCAUCCACAUUGGAGUCAUUAAACACUCCAGUGACAGCUCCAGCUUCGUCAAAUGUGCCCAGUUUCACUAUCCAGCAUCGAAAUAGUCGAGCGCGUUGUCUCCUGUGACAGCUCUUGUUUUUUUUUGUUUUAAUUUUUUAUAUUAUUUUUGUACCUGUUGCCAUAAACCCUUAGCAAUAACAAAGCUUUAAUGUAGCAGCAUAUUUUGUUUAUUGCAACAGACGUUUUCAAAAUGUGUUUAUGUUUAUGAUAGUAAAAAGAAGUUCUUUGGUAUAGAGGCUUUAGAGGGACAGACAUCAGGUGUGAAAAUUCUAGAGUAAGACAGUGCAUCUGUUACACAUGUUGAUUAGUUAAGAGAUGUUACACUAUUUCUUUAACCUUUACCCUGGUAAAUUUCUAAAAUGAAGUGGUUUAUCUUUCAGUUUGGGUAAUACCAUUUAAUAUUCGAAGGGGUGUUCACUGAAAAAUUACUGACUGAAUAAUGAACAGUGCAGACCAUGAUUAGCCUGCACGGACGUGUAGGCUGAUCUUGGUCUGCACUGGUCGCAAAGGUAGAAUUACUUGCAGCUUGCAGGCUAAAGGUUAAAACAUUGAACUCGCUACCCAUACCCUUGGGUUACUGAGAUUUCGCCUUGAGGUUUCCACUUCUGUUUUAUGCAUUUUAUUGUUAUCUUAUAUAUAUUUUUAUCUCUAGUGUGUUGGAAAAUAUGAUAAUGCCCUGGGUUACCCUUUAGGGCAAAAAGUGGAUCUAUAUAUUUUGAAAGUGCUGCUUUACAAAUUCUUUGACCUAUUUACUAAUCUUAAUCUGACAUCUUACUUGAAGAAAGUAUGAGUGUAGGAAACGGUAUUUUACAACUUGCAUGUAUAAUGGUUUAUGUUCCAGACUAUCUUUUUCCAGUGUUAAAAAAGCCGAAGUAAUCGUUUUUGUUUCCUAAAGUUCAGAGAUUCUAAGCAGAAAGUGUUUGUCAUCUAUUCCAGUUCAGUUUACAGUUAUUUCCAUUGGUCAGCUGCAGAUCUUGCCUUGGUUUCAGAGUUUUCAAACUACAAAUAAAAAAUGUUCAAAUUUUCAUAGGCAUGUACCUAUGAGCUUAUUUGCUCGUUUCGAACAAAAAUGGUCGCUACCUGCCCAGUUCAGUUUCGUGAUGUAAGCAAUUCUGAAUUCUAACUCCAACUUGCCUCUUACCGAAGUUGUGAGCACCGAGGGAGAAGUUAUUUAAUCAAGAGCAGUAGAUAAAAGACAUCUGUCUGUACAAUCCACGUAACAUUUAAUAUUUUAAGUUAUAUAUAUGAUAAUGGAUUUGUUUACAUUUGACGGCUCCGCUCAUUUAAUUGAACUUUUGUUUGGCAGUAUGUAAAAUUGUUUCCGACACUGAAAUAAUUCUUAAAGAGAUAUUGCUCAUUACAAUUGAAUUACAGUAUCAAUAUGAAGGGUGCCUGCUAAGUUUCUCAAAAUUAUAUUACUCAAUUCAUAAAUAAUGCAAAAUGUUUGUCAGUGCAGAAGGCAAGGUUGUGAUUUCUGUGAAAGUAUCUGAAAUGUUCAGCAUUUACAUUCAACUGAUGAAUUAUGGUAGAACUUUUAUUUUAAAACUGACAAUGUAGAUAAUUUGGAUAUAUAAUGUAAGAAAACUGGAUAUGUAUAAGGUAUUAAAAAAAAACGUUUGUUUCCGGUAUCCCAACCUACCCUAGAUUCCUUUUUUUAACUUUUUAAUAAAUAGUUGCAAAACUGCACUUUUAUGCUUUAAACAGGGUAACUGAUGAUAGAAAUCAACUUACUGAUGCUCUAAAAGCAUAACCCCCUUAUUUGUAUUCAUUUUUUGUCAUGAAAGUAAUAUUGGAAAAGUCACACUUGAUAAAAAAAAAAUCCCCCCAAAAAUUUUACUGACGGUACUACCUUAUUUUCUUUAGCAUGUUACCAGAAACAAUCUUUUUUUUAAAUCCUUAUAAGAAUAUUGUGUUAAGUUUGAAAGUCAUUUCUGUUGCAAAUAUGUAAUGAUAUUCCUGUCCAGUCUGAAAUAGUUAUAUAACUGUAAUUGCACAAUAUUGUUUUAAUUAAAGAACUUUUUCAAUGAGAGGCAAAAAAUAGCUCAAUAGUGAGAUUUGAAAUCAUAGCAUUAUUAGCAAGAAAAAAUAAAGCAUGUUGUUGCUUACCCCAAGUACAAAGAACUUGCUUAAUUCAGUCACACCCUUUUUUAAUAUGAAAAAUCUAGGUUUUCAUUGUGUGAGUAAUUUUAACACAGGGAGCACUAUUUUUCUAGUUUUAGGGCAUUGCAUAACAGUUAGAUUUAGUAGAAUUAAAGGUAGUGGACCUGUAACAAAAAUUGACAAUUUCCGUUCGAUACACAUUCCCGGAAUGUGAUUUUGACUGGAACAAAGUCAUAUAUGUCAUAAUAGAUACACCAUAAUAGCAUACUAAUGCCAUAAUAGCAUACAAGAAUGUGAUUGCGUGGAAAUUGCCAGUUAUAAGUAUGGGUGCACUACCUUAAGUCACAUUUAUCUAUGUAUAUUAUAUAUUGUUUAUUGAAAUUAUUGUGAUAUUUGGUGUUGCCGUCCAGUGCAAAUUAUGUGAUAUUGACUUUAAGUAUACAUGAAAUAUUAGAAAUAUAUUUGAGAAGAGAG